AUGUCUGCUUUCAGCUCUUUGUUUGGAAGCGCCAAGAUAGAUGAGGAUGUGGCUUCUGUGUUAAAGUCCUCUGCCGGUCCUGUUGGUAGACAAGACUUGAAGGCUAGAACUUUGGUUGAGGUUCCUGCCAGACCUGAAUCUUCUAGUGAGUCCAGCGAGGAAGAAGAUGUGGAGGAGAGCGAUGAGGCCAACAAGGUCGUCGAGGUUGAGGAAGAGAAGUCUAGAAAGAAAAAGAAAGAGGAUGAUAACGAGGACUUGGAGUCUCAGUACUUUUCCAAGAUCUUAAGUGAAGAUAAGAAGGAGAAGAAGGAGAAGAAACUGAAGAAGGAAACCAAAGAGUCUGAGGAAACUCAGGAAGGUUCCGAGGAGUCCAAGGACUCUGACAGUGACAGUGACUCUGACAAGGAGGAAAAACCUAAAUCCAAGAAGGAAUCCAAAGCCAAGUCUGUGGAUUUGAAGGAAGAGGAGCUCCAGAAGGCCGAGCGCACGGUUUUCGUCGGAAAUGUGUCCAAUAACGUCAUCAAAUCCAAGCUGACAUACAAACUUUUCAAGAAGCUCUUUUCUAACGUGGGAAAAGUGCAAUCCAUCAGAUUCCGGUCCAUUGCAUUUGACGAAGCAGUUCCCAGAAAAGUGGCUUUCGUCAAGAGAUCCUUGCAUGACAACAGAGAUACCGUGAACGCAUAUGUCGUUUUUAAGGAGAAAGAACCCUCCACCAAGGCUGCUGCAAGACUAAAUGCUACUGUUUUCGACCACCACCACAUCAGAGUGGACCAUGUGGCCCACCCAGCUCCAAAAGACAACAAGAGAACGAUCUUUGUGGGUAAUUUGGACUUUGAAGAGCGCGAGGAGGCUUUGUGGAGAUACUUUAACGCUAAGGUGGAUGAUGACGUGGAGUCAGUGAGAAUUGUUAGAGACUCCAAGACAAACCUCGGGAAAGGUUUUGCCCUUGUUCAGUUCAAGGACACGCUUUCGGUCAACAAGGCAUUGAUGUUAAACGAUAAGGUCAUGGAACCAGUCAGUGACGAUAAGAAGAAGAAGGGCAGAAAACUUCGGAUUCUGCGUGCCAAAGCCAAUGCCAAACCAUCUGUUCUUUCACCCAACCACGUGGAGAACGUCAAGAAGGCAAAGCCCAGCAAGGCCAGAUUGACAGACGAGCAAAAGACGAAGUUGGGCCGUGCCAAGGCGUUGUUGGGACGUGCUGACAGAAGCACUGCCGGAAAACUUGUUGCUGAGGGUUCGAGAGCCACCAAGGGCCAGAGAAUCGCCGGUAUUAAGGGCUUGAAGUCUGCAAAGGGUAAAGUGAAGAAGCCUAGAAUCACUGACAGAUCGUCAAGAUUCAAGAAGGAGAGGUCCGAGUUAAGUAAGAUGGCGAAGUGA